CCUUGUGCAAAGUCAUUGAAAAUUCUAACAGAAGAUCUUCAGUAACAAACUAAACAAAUUUCUUGGUUAGGCAUAUAUAUAUCUCCAUUAUGACAACAUGCUGAGAUUGUUUCGUACUAGUGAAGCAGCAUCUUAUCAAGAAAUCCUGUCAGUCUUGUGUAGUAAGGUAUAUUUUUCAGUGUUGUCCUUCUUCCCYUCCACCCUUCUGUUUCAGUUUACGUGACUGGACUUUGUACCCAUAUACUGAUAAGUGCACAGCCAUCUUGUUUGAAAACGAGAGACAGAAACUGAAACAGUUCUGUGCUGCAAGGUAUUUUGCUUCUGCCCUUAGGAUGUUCUGUAGGUGGAUGUGUUAAAGCCCAGUCGCACCAAGAGCUGAAGCUGCUCUAACACAGGGGAGCCCCAUUUGCCAAUAGGGAGCAGUGUGUACUGCUGCCCUUGGAGCAGCCYGUGUUGAGGGAAGUCAUGGAGGAGGCAUUGCAGCAUCGAGCACAGUGAUUAGUGCCAGAGACACAGUGACAGCAGCACCCGGGCCAGCAAAGCUGGAGGAGUCGAACCACACUGCAUCCAAAAGGAAGAAGAUGAGGCUUCUUUUACUUCUGAUAAUUUGCCAGUGUGCCAUAAAGAGUGUSAAAACACACAGUGUUUCAAAUCCCAAUAUAAUUUUACUGAUGGCUGAUGAUCUUGGUAUUGGAGACCUGGGAUGUUAUGGGAACAGAACCUUAAGAACUCCUAAUAUUGACAGGCUAGCAGAGGAAGGAGUGACACUCACCCAGCAUAUAGCAGCAUCCCCACUUUGUACACCAAGCAGGGCAGCUUUCCUGACAGGGAGAUAUCCUAUAAGAUCAGGAAUGGCUGCCUUCUCACGAGUUGGUGUCUUCUUAUUUGCUGCCUCUUCUGGGGGACUUCCUUCUGAAGAAAUAACUUUCUCCAAACUCCUGAAGCAGAAAGGUUAUGCAACAGCUCUAAUAGGAAAGUGGCAUCUUGGGAUGAACUGUGAAAGCAGUAAUGACUUCUGUCACCACCCCCUCAGUCAUGGAUUUGAUUACUUUUAUGGCCUUCCUGUGACCAAUUUUAGAGACUGCAAACCCGGCCAAGGCAGCGURUUUUUAAAAGGGGUUCAAAACACCCUUGUCAUCCCAAUCCAAAUCACUGGAAUCACCCUUGUGUCUCUGCUGAUAGUGCAGUACAUUGGCCUCCUCAAAGUACCCUUCCAGGCAUUGGGUUACUGCUUGUUAAUAAUCACAAUUUCACUUGUGGUUUUGAUUUUYUUCUUCUAUCAUUUUCGACACUUAAACUGCUUCUUAAUGAGGAACCAUCAGAUUAUCCAGCAGCCGCUGUCCUUUGAGAAUCUUACACAGAGAUUGACAAAAGAAGCCAUGCAGUUUAUUGGGAGGAACACUGAUGCACCAUUUCUUCUUGUCCUGUCUUAUCUUCAUGUCCAUACUGCUCUAUAUGCUUCAGAACAUUUCAGAGGAAAGAGCAAUCAUGGUUUAUAUGGUGAUGCAGUGGAGGAAAUGGACUGGAGUGUAGGGCAAGUUCUGGAUGUGCUGGAGAAACAUAAUCUGAGCAACAGAACUCUUGUGUACUUUACGUCUGACCAAGGAGCUCAUGUUGAAGAAAUCUCUGGUGCUGGAGAAGUCCAUGGAGGAUACAAUGGCAAAUAUAAAGGUGGAAAAUCAACGAACUGGGAAGGAGGUAUUCGUGUGCCAGGUCUUCUCCGUUGGCCUGGAGUGGUAGAGGCUGGUGCUUWCAUUGAUGAGCCAACAAGUAACAUGGAUAUAUUUCCAACCAUAGUCAAACUUGCAGAUGCACAGUUACCCUCUGACAGGAUUAUUGAUGGRCAUGAUCUGCUACCCUUACUUCAAGGAAAAGUUACUCGAUCUAAGCAUGAAUUUCUCUUCCAUUACUGUAAUGCAUAUUUAAAUGCAGUGCGCUGGCAUCCAGGAAACAGUGAAUCUGUCUGGAAAGUCUUCUUCUUUACUCCAAAUUUCAGUCCAGAGGACUCCAAUGGUUGCUUUGAUUCUCACGUUUGCUUUUGCCAUGGAGGGUUCAUCACACGACACGAUCCUCCCCUGCUCUUCGAUCUGUCCAGAGACCCCGAAGAGAAAUUCCCACUGACUCCAGAAACUGAGAGCSGUUUCCAUGAAAUCCUCAGGGUGGUACAGCAGGCAGUAGACAACCACACCAGGUCCCUGCAAGCUGUUCCUAACCAGCUGUCGUGGAACAACCUUCUCUGGAAACCAUGGCUCCAGCUCUGCUGCUCCUCUCUCCUUCAGUCUUGCUCUUGUGACUCUGAGUCAGGAGCGAGUCCACUGGAGGUGCAUUCAGGAUAAACAAGAAUUCCCUUUCAAAAACUGGAGUGGGAGAGUGUGGGUGUCUGACAUGAAUUUGUGGUGCAAGCCUUCAGAAGGUUUUGUUGUGUUAGACAAGGACCAGCCUUCAAAUACAUAUUGCAAUCGAAGAGGAUUUCAGUCAAGAAAACAUGCCAAGAGAAGGAGGGCAAGACACACCUUUUCUGUCACUAUCACACAUCAUGAAGAACAUGUUGCCAUCCUGAUUUACACGUGGGUAGGCUUCUAGGCUUUUUCUGAGGGAGAUAAUUUGCCAGACCUUCAGCUUCAGCUUUUUUCUUACACAGCAAAGAAUUUACCUGUAGUUUCUGUCAAUCACAACAACUAAAUGCACACUCUCCUGUCCUUUUCUUUAAGUGUUAUCCAUUAGUAGAACAUAGCUGUGAGUAAUUAAAAAUAGAGGGAUAAUAGUGGAGAGCUCCUCCUGCGACAGUCAUUUAGUAAUUGAUAGAUAGGUUAAGUGCACUUUUGCCACAAAUCUCUAUCAACAAUCAUGAAAGAUAUGAAAAAAUUGACAGAUUGCCAACAGUCUUUGAAUGUGCCAUAAAAAUGCACAGAGCUMUGUAGUGGAGGACCUUGUGUCCAUAUUAAAAUGACGCUCCUCAGCAUCUGCGCUGUCCUAUUGCAUGGCAGCAGCCUUUGUUUCAAUAGGACACCACUUCAAGUGCACCACUUGUGUGCUUGAGUGAGUAUUGUAAGUCUCUGUAGAUAUAUAUAUUUGUAUAUAUAUAUAUUUAUUUAUAUAUGCACAAACUAAGUGUGUACCUCAUAAAUGCUUCAAUCCUUGAUAUAAGCACACCCUUAUGUCCAGAGUCCAAUUGAUAAAAUAAAAGGUUCGGUCCAUACUUGAUAAUUAAAUUCAAAAUUCACAUGAUACUACAAAUAUAUCUUUCACAAUCUAUUUGCCAUACCUAUGCUUCCAUUGAUGAAUGUAAUCACAAAUAAAUAAAAUUUKGUCUUCCUUUAAAUACUGUUGCCAUCUUUUAAGCUCUCUGAAUAGGAUCUGUCAUUUUCUGAAAAUAAACUUGUGCUUGAGUACUUAAA